AUGGACGGCGGCGGGGUCGAGACGGGCACGACGGCGGCCUGGAUGGAGAAGCACCGGCAGAUGUACGAGCGGGCCACCCGGCACCCGUUCACCGUCUCCAUCCGCGACGGUACCGUCGACAUGUCUGCCUUCAAGCGCUGGCUGAGCCAGGACUAUCUGUUUGUAAGGGAAUUUGUUGCAUUUAUAGCAAGUGUAUUGCUCAAAUGCUGCAAGCAAGAAGACAGCUCGGACAUGGAAAUUAUCCUGGGUGGAGUAGCUUCUAUCAGCGAUGAGAUCUCUUGGUUCAAGAAUGAAGCUACCAGAUGGGGCGCCGAUCUAGCAAGUGUUUCUCCCUUAAAAGCCAAUUUAGAGUACCACAGGUUUCUCCAGAGCUUUACUGAGCCAGAGGUUAGCUAUGUUGUUGCUGUAACAGCCUUCUGGAUAAUUGAAACCGUGUACCAGGACAGCUUCGGUUUCUGUAUCCAAGAUGGUAAUAAGACGCCACCGGAGCUCCUGGGGACCUGCCAGAGAUGGGGCAACGCUGGGUUCAGACAGUACUGCCAGUCUCUGCAUAGCAUCGUGGAUCGCUGCUUGGCUAAUGCACCAGCUGAUGCUGUCAAGAGUGCUGAAGAGGCCUUCAUCCGGGUACUCGAGCUGGAAAUUGGUUUCUGGGAAAUGAGCUCUUCUCAGUCCUAA